AUGCGAGGGCUAGAUAGAAAAUUUUCUCGCGAAAAAUUGUGUAAGUUUGCGAGUGUGACAAAAUAAAAGCCAUUUUUGAGGCAUUGAGAGUGUCCGUGGUGUAUUAAAUUGUACAUAAAAGUACAGAAGAGUGUGUCCACUUGAUGUUUUCCACUGGAUUAAGUCGUGAUCGGCGUCCAGAGUACAUCAAAAUUAGUGGAAAAUCGCAGUGAAAAUAAUGAGUCGCCAUGAAGCUGUGAGCUGCGACUCGUGCCUGAAAAGCAAUUUCCGCGGGCGUCGCUACAAAUGCCUGAUCUGCUACGACUACGACCUGUGCGCCAACUGCUAUGAGGAGAACGCCACGAGCACGAGGCACUCGGCCGACCACCCAAUGCAGUGCAUCCUCACGCGCUCUGACUUCGAGCUGUACUAUGGCGGCGAGGUGCUGAGCCCGGAGCAGCCGCAGAGCUUCACCUGUCCCUACUGCAAGCGCAUGGGGCUGAGCGAUGUGGCGCUGGUGGAGCACGUGGGCCAGGAGCACACGGACACGGGUCUGGAGGUGGUGUGCCCCGUGUGCGCCGCCAUUCCAGGCGGCGAGCCCAAUCUCGUCACCGAUGACUUCGCCGGCCAUCUCACGCUGGAGCACCGCACGGGCCCGCGCGAUCUCAUCGCCUUCCUUGAUGAACCGUCAGCCAUUCGCCAUGGUGGCGUGCGACGCAUCCCGCACUCGGGUAGGGCGCUGAAUGGACCCCGCGCGCGUCGCUCAAACAUGCACUUCAACUCCUCCGGCGGCCUGUCGGCCAUGUCACCGUCCGGCCGCGAGUCCGUGGAUCCCAUCGCUGAGAUUCUGUCGCAGCUCUCAGGCGUGAGGCGAGCGCCUCAGACGUCGCAGCUGCACCAGUUGCAGAUGCAGAUUCAGUUGGAGAGGCAGCAAGUUUCCGCUGCCCGGGCGCACUUGGAGCGCCUGCCACGUCGUCAGGCCCAUUCAGUGAUCUCCUCAUCGAGCGCCACCAACUCCAACGGUCUGACGUCUUCCGGGGCGGGUGCUUCGUCGUCGCAGCAGCAGCAGGCGGGCAUCUCGGUGGCGACACUCAAUGGGCGUGACGCUCCUCUGGUCACGGCCUCGCAGCAGAUGAGCGCUGUGGCGGCCGCCGUGGGUGGCGGACAACACCAGGGACAGUCGCAGUUCCUCCUGGCGCGCUUCAUGACGCCCACACUCGAGGAGGCCGAGCAGACAGCUCUGGAGCGAGAGAGGGCCGACAGGUCGCAGUUUGUGCAGGCGCUGAUGCUGUCAACGCUGGCUAAUCUGGAGGCGUUCCGGGUAGCGAAGCCCGAGGCGGCUGAGUCAGCGGCGCCUGAGGCGUCGCGCGAGGAGGAGAGGAAGGCUGAGGUGCGCGAGGAGAGCGUAGCGGAGCCGCCACAGAGUCGAGGCGUGCUGACGAAACCAAAAACAGCAAAGAGUGUUGUGCCACCAAGUCUGAGCGCGGCGCCGCGAGGGCGGCCGGCGGUGCCUGGCAAGUCGCGCGAGAUCCGGACGAGUUCGUCCGUGUCGUCCAAGGAGGUGACACCAGACUCCACUAGGUAGUGGUG